ACUGCAGUGAAAAUGGACGAAAACAAGAGUAAUUCAGACGCCAUAUUCAGGAAUCAAGUGCUUGAAAGUUUCGCAACAGUUACAUCCAAGUUGGCCGAGAUUGAAUUGAAUGGAAGGGCUUCUACUGACGAGGUUUGGCAUGAACCACGGAAUGACAAACGGAAGAUUUUUGCCCGGGUGCGAUGUAAUGUCAUCACAGUUGGUGAGAUCGACACAGUGAAGCAGCAGUUUGAUGCAGAGUUGUUCCUUGGUGUGACAUACAAAGAGCCUUUAGUAAAGGGACUCAUAAGAGAGGAUGUUGACUGGGAUAAAAUGUGGUCCCCGAGAAUCGUCUUCACCAAUGCGGAAGAAAUCAAGAAAAUGGAGUGUAAGCACAGAAUAAAACCAGCCGAUGAUGAACACGGGGAACCAGACGUCUAUUUUACGUAUCGGCUGAGAGCCACAUUCAAGACGUCCAUGUACCUCAAGACAUUCCCUGUGGACUUUCAGAAAUUAUCAAUCAAGCUAAUGUCUGACUGGCCAGAGACUGAUGUGGAGUUUGUCAAGGAUACCAACAUUAAAGACUCCAUUAGAAUGGACACAUUCUCAGGAAGCCAUGAGUGGGAGCUUAUCCCAGCGGUGAGUGCUGCACCAAUCAAAGGGAAUCGAGAGGAAUCCUCGUCCCAUAGAGUGUAUCCAGUCUAUCAUAUCUCCAUGUACGCCAAGAGGAAGGGACUCUACUACUUCUGGAAUCUGACUUUGGUUUUGAUGCUGAUUAUAUCCUUGUCGUUUGCAUCCUUUGCUGUGGCUGCCGACCAGCCUGAAGAUCGGCUGAGUGUGACACUCACAUUACUACUGACUGCUGUAGCCUUCAAAUAUGUCGCUGCACAGUCCCUUCCACCAAUCUCAUACCUCACACUUCUUGACAAGUAUGUGAUAUUUUGUCUGGUCUUCCAGUGUAUCGCCGUCUGCCAGAAUGCUGUUGCAUCCGUCUUCACCACACCAGAGAGCAUAAUGCUCUUUGAUACCAUCUCAGCAUGCGUUAUGGUUGGGGUUCUUAUUUUGGGACAUCUUAUAACGGUCAUCUAUUUGUACAUAGCGAACAGGAAGACACAUAGUAUAAUACAAAAUGCAAUCAAGGAAUAUAAGGAACUAAAUGUGAAGAUAGAUAAGAUGCGACAGGUCCGCAAAGAAGCAGAGAGGAAAAAGCAAGAAGUGAAGACUGUCCCCGCUGAUGAUGUACACAAGAAAACCAAGCGAGGAAAGAGGCUUAAAAGGAAUAAGGUAGACGCUACUGAUAAAAAGGAAUUGCUGGGUGAAGGUUCAGAACCAAGUCAGUACUCAGGUGAGCAAUAAAGAUUUUUCUUGAAACCAAGGCAGUGAUUUGGGUUAGAAUUAAAUUAAGGCUUCACCCGUGUCUUUUGAAAUAUUUGCUUACAUACAGGAAAGCAAUAAAGUCACUGGACACUAUUAGUAAUUACUCAAAAU